AUGUCGGCCAUUGCUCUAGUCGCCGAGCACCUCGUGCGACGCAGCGUUAGCAACAGUCCUAACGAACCGUCUGACCCUGAGCCCAAACAGCCUUUCCCCCUCAUGGGGGUCAUCCUCUUCUACCUCACCAUUUCCCUCUUUUCCGUUGUUUCCGGGUGCGUGGGCUACGUCUACGGAAAAGUCGUGGCCACCCUAGCCGCUGUCGAAGACCCAAAUCCGGACGUUUAUGUGCGGAUCGAUGAUGACCACGCCCCCCUCAACCCCGAGAGCACAGGAGAUGACAAUGGCGAUGUACCUCCCCCAAAGCCAGUCACCAGCUCACUCAAGGGCACAAUCUCCCACCUUACUGCUCGCGCUGGACGCUUGGCUCCAUUCCGCGGUUUUGUUCUGUACAUCCUGACCGAUAUCGCCAUCAGCAUUAUCACUUACCCUGUAUCAUCAAGCUUCCACAUCUUUGGAAGUGCCAUUACACGAUUCAUUGCUGAGAUUCUUCUGGCCAACUUGAGAGUGGCUUGGAUCCAUAUCGUCAUCUCAGAACCAUCCACCAAAUCGCUCUGGUCUCGAAUCCCCUCAUGGCGCAAGACAUUCAUGAAGAUCGCCCCCGCUGCCGCUCUUCGCUCUCUCGCUGCCCAGGUUGUCACGUUCGUUCCCCUUACUAUUGCAUACGGCACCAAGGUCUUCGAGUAUGGCUCUGAGCCUACCGCACGCUCACCAGCUGCUGCCCUUUCCGGCGGUUUUGGUCUCCUCGCACUCCUUCUCGUCCUAUACGUCUUGAUUCAAAUGCCUGCCGAGGUCACUUUCAUCCGUGUCGCUGCUUCCAUGCUUCCUGAAGAUGACGAGACCAUUGUGCCUUUCGACCGCUCCUUCGGUGGCAAGGCUACCCCCGAAAUCGUUGGUGGUCAGGGUAAGAUCGGUAUUGUUGACGCUUGGAAGUCAUUCAGCUGGGGCUCUCGCAUGCGAUUCUUGAGAGUUGUCGGAAAGGUUUUCCUUCUCCAGUCCGCUCUUGGUUUGGUGUUUGGUGUGGUCCUCUUCGCUGAAAUACUGAUCUUCUUCGGCAACAAGGGGUUUGUUGGCGCUACCGUGUAA